CAACUUACUUUUUAUUAUGUAAUACGGCGUUCUUAAUGAAACAUGAGUGCCCUUAUUAUAAAACACAAAAUACGUAGUCGAUACUGUGUUUGUUAAAACCACUGGCUUGAAGUCAGCCGAUUGUCAGAUUGAUGGUUAGGAAUCAGGUGUACGACAGAAAAAUGUCCACUGUUUGCGUUCUAGAAUAGCGUAUGGUACUGGUUGACGUAAUUUUUUAAACAUAAUUCGUCAUGAAUACGUACCAACAAUUUUAAAUAAUUUUUCAGACAAAUAUUGUAAAUAACGUAUAAAUAAUCUCCCGAAUUCUUCGGAUCCAAUGAGAUAGCUCGACAAUUAAAACGGUUAUGGUUACGAGGUUUUUGGAACAGCGCGAGAUUUAUCAGCACUUAUCAAUAUGUUUCUGUAAAAGAGCGAAACCGUGAGAAGUGAGAAAAUAACGGGAAAGGGACGAUAAUUUUGUGUCUAAGAUUUUCAUUAUUGAUAAUAAUACACGCGCAAAAUGCUUGCCGGUAGUAGAAUUGUUUUUGGUUGCACCAGUGCCAUGACGAGACAUCACAUGUGGCCAAUUAUAAAUAAAUAUCAAUUAAAUCUCCUUUUAAAGACUCGGAUGCCGAUUUCGGCAGCCUGCGUGCACAAUUUAGUCGCCGACAAAUCGGCACCCUCAGCAAGAACGAGUUCAGUUUCACCAGCCAACAGAUACGUCCUGCGAACGCAUACAUGUGGCGAGUUGACGCUCAAGAACGUUGGGGAGCAAGUAAAAUUGAGCGGCUGGUUGGAAUUCCACAGAAUGUGCAAAUUUUUAACGCUACGAGAUUCGUACGGGUCGACGCAGCUGCUUGUACCGGAAGACAGGGAAGAUCUGGUGGAGGUCAUACGGAACUUGUCCUACGAAAGUGUCUUAAGCAUAGUGGGCAAAGUUAUGUCGAGACCCGAGAAUCAAGAAAACAAGAGGAUGAAGACGGGCGACGUGGAAGUGCACGUUGAAUCCUUAGAGGUGCUAAACGCGGCGUCGCGGAACCUUCCGAUAUUUAUCAGGGAGUUCAAUAAGGCGAAGGAAAGCCAGCAGAUGAAGUACAGAUACCUCUCGCUGAGGUAUCCCGAGCUGCAGAAGAACAUGAAGAUGCGCUCCACUCUCACGAUGAGGAUGAGAGAAUUUUUGAUCAACGAGUGCAGCUUUGUUGACAUUGAGACACCGACGCUCUUCAAGAGUACACCAGGGGGUGCGCAAGAGUUUGUAGUACCCACCAGACAACCGGGCCACUUUUACUCGCUGGUGCAGAGUCCCCAGCAGUUCAAGCAGCUUCUUAUGGUCGGUGGCCUGGACAGGUACUUUCAGAUCGCCCGAUGCUAUCGAGAUGAAACCGCCAGGCACGACAGACAGCCGGAGUUUACGCAGCUGGACAUCGAGAUGUCGUUCGUCGAUCGAGAUGGAGUGAUGAGUUUAAUUGAAAAUCUGCUGGCGCACUCGUGGCCGGAGGAACUGGGUUCCAUAAAACUACCUUUCAAGCUCAUGGCAUACGACGACGUCAUGGAACUGUACGGUAGCGAUCAGCCAGACCUGAGAAUACCGUAUCAGAUACAAAAUCUGACGCACGUUGUUGAUCUACCAGUAUUAAAGGAGAGCAUGAAACUCGAACACGAUAAAGCAAACGUGUACGCGUUAGUUUUCCCAAACAAGUCUAAAUACUUCACGAAGUCCGUCCGAGACGAAUUCUCCAAGAUUCACAGUGACUAUUUUGAUGGCACGAAGUUAAUCCAAUUGAAGGUCGAAGGCGAUUCGUGGAGAACGCAAUUGGCUAAAUUAUUUUCAAGCGAAGUGGCAGAAAAUAUAUCGCGGCGCUGCAAAUUACAGCAAGGGGAUGCGGUGUUAUUAACAGUUGGCUCUCGAAUUGACGCAUUAAAACUCUUAGGAAAGCUACGUGUCCAAUUCACGAAUGUAUUAGAAGCGAAGAGCGAACGAAUACGCUCGCCCGACGCUGAAUUUCUGUGGAUCACGGAUUUCCCGUUAUUCACGUUCGAGGAAAAACUAGAAUCGACGCACCAUCCGUUCACUCAGCCUCAUCCAGAUGACGUGGAGUAUCUUGCAACUGAUCCAUUAAAAGUCAGAAGCUUGCACUAUGACCUGGUUAUGAAUGGAUCGGAGAUCGCGGGGGGCUCGAUCCGGAUACACGACGCGGAUUUGCAGAGACAGGUGUUGAGGAUAUUGGACAUAGACGAGACAAAAUUGUCGCACAUGCUCGAGGCUCUGACGUACGGAGCUCCGCCUCACGGCGGAAUAGCUAUAGGAUUGGAUCGCCUCGUCUGCUUGCUCUGCAACGCGAAGAGCAUAAGGAGCGUUAUAGCUUUCCCGAAAACGAUAGAGGGACGAGAUCUAAUGUCCGGCGCGCCAAGCGUCAUUUCCGACGAGACGAAGGCGCUGUAUCACAUACAGACGACGGACGAAUGAAAUGUGAGAAUCCUUUUUUCGCAAGUAUAGAAUUGAACUGGCUGAUUAUAUUUCGCUCACGUUUGUACAUGACAUAAAAAAAAAUAAUUUCUAUAACAUCUGAGAUUGCGUGCGCGUAUACGAGGAAUACAUAAUUAUAUGAUUAAUCGUGCAAUUUAUAUUUGAGCCACUGUAAAUUCUGGUUGGCACAGGCUGUGAGUAGCUGCGGAGAAAGAAGUAAGCGUAGUAAAUAAGAAGGCGGCAGAUAGAUGUACAAAAAAAGUGUUUUAUUCUUCCAGUAAAUUCUCGUGCGUUCGAUUGAAAUAAUUAUUUUUUUACAGAAAAAUAAAAAAUACAAUUUAGCCUGCGCACUAAGCUAUCGAAAUGACAUGUUACUUUUUUUUCCAAGAAGGAUCUAAGGUGUCCACCUCUUUUUUUGUACACUUCUUGAGAGUCUCUCUUCUGUCAAGUAAAAGUCUUCAACCUAACAAAUUUAUUCUUAACAAAUACGCUGAUAUGUUGUGACUAUCAAUUGUCGGCGGACGAAAAUUCACAUCGCUUUUCCCAUAUACUUUUAUUCAUAUAUAUAUCCGUUUUUUUUAAACAGCCCAGUAUGAAUUGGAACGAUCAUAUAUUAAUUAACAAAAAAAACGUCGUUAACGAUGAAGUGUCUGUACAGUUCACGACGCGAUUAAUUAAUUUAUUGGUCAAAGUUGUAAAAAAGUCAUUAUUCAGGAUAAAUAAUAAUCCGUCCGA